AUGGCGCCGUUUUCUGUUUUAUUUUAUGUAUUAUUGUCUAUCACGGGCCAUGUUCUCUGCGAAGAAGUAAUUUAUGAUGAAAUUGAGCUGUUAUCCACCACAGAGAAAAUGAUAGUAGACCUCGAAGCCCACUCUGAUGUAGAGAAUUUAUUGGUAAAAUUCCAAGAAAUUGCCACAAAAGCUGAGAAAUUAAACAACGACAUAUCUGUCACUCAAGAAGAAAUAGAAGACGAAUAUAACAAGAUGAUAGACGUACUAAGUGAGCUAACUGAACUUGUCAAAGAUUCUAAUAAAGCCUUCAUAUUCCUGAAAGCCAAAGGCAUCGACCGAGUUGCCGUGACUUACCUGAAAAUAGAAAACAAUGAACUAAAAGCUAAAAUACUUAUUCUACUAAAAGUACUCUUCCACGAAGUUCCUUCUGCUACAGUUGCUGCGAUACCAAUAUUUAUUGUAGACCGACUGAUAAAUAUAUUCGAGAAUGAUAAUCUUGCUCUCAAAGCGCAUUCCCUAGAUGUUUUGUACCUUUGGUUACCUGACAACCCUAGAGUACAAGCUCGAGUUAUGAAAAUAAAAGGUUUGCAGCCAUUUUACGAACAAAUAUCAAUGUUAGACACAAACGUUAUAAAAAUGCUUUUAGAUUUAUUUAAUAAAAUAUUAGAUGAGCAUCUGAAAGCGAGAAGCGAUGUCCAAAAGCGUAUUAUAGAUGCGGAGAAACUCAAAUUCUAUCAGAGAAUUGGUCUUCUUGAACAUAUGUCAACACCGAUGGUCUGCAAUGGUCUACUGAACAUAUUUACCAGAACUUGGUCGUACAAUUCGAAAGAUAAUAAUAUUCUUAUGACGGUGUUUGAGCUGCUCAAGAACGUAAAGCAGUUUUGCGUGAACAUAUUCAGAGGAAAAGCAAAGGCUGUCAAGUUGUUCAAAGCCUUGCAGGAGUACGUUGAAAGUCCAGAGAAUAAAGAAAACUUUAUAUUGAACGGUUUGAACAUAACUGAUGUCGCGUUGGUGAUUGAGGACUACGUUCAGAAAGUGAAGCCACUGACGAAAGAUGAAUUUUAA